AAAUAGCCACAUCAUCAACUAUCUCCAAAACAGGCUUUUAGUUUCAACGUGACCACUUUGUAAUUCAUUAGACCAUCAUCUGGCCCACUUUUUAUGCGAUUCAAUCGUUUAGCCUUUGUCUUCUUCAAACUCAUCUGAGAAAUUCAAUCGUUUCUACAGCUUCAUGUUCUCCUCUUCAACACAUAUUUUUUUUUGGCCAAUUCAACGUAUAUGUUCCUCAAAAAAAAUAAUCCUAAAGGCAUGAAUCGAUUUCCUUCCAAUCACCUCCCCACCUUAUAUAUUCCUCAUCUCUCUUGCUUCUCCCCUUCACCAAAUUCACGGAAAAAAGUUAUUAGAGCAAUCAAUGACAAUCCAAACUGAGUAAUCAACAGGAAAGGCCCCCUCCGCUCUGUUCUUUCCGUUUGUUUAGUCCAGGAUGUCAUAGAGGAGAACACCGAGAGGCAAAGCAAACAUGGAAGCAACGCUGCAGUUGCCUCAGUGUAAACAACGAUAGCUCCACUGACGAUGAAUUAGAUCUGUUCGGUGGUUCUGCUAAUUAUUUUAACGCGAAAUCCCUGCAACGCCUCUGAUCAUCUCAAGAGCUUGAUCCCAUGCGUGAGCAUCACUGAGAGGAGCGUAAAAAAUUGUAAAGAUGGACAAACCAGUGAAACGAAAAUACUCUUUCUUUGCAAGCUGGAUGGCUUUACUUUGGCUUGGAGAUACAAUACUGCCACUACGUUAUCAUACGGCUGCGUCACUUCACUUACAGAGUCUCUUUAUAUGUUGGAGCUAGCAGACUCUUUUCUGGUUUCAUGGACAAUUCUCUAAAUCAAAACAGUUCAUGCCAAUGAAAUUUCAGUUGUUCAACCUUCAAUGGUGCCUAUCUUGAGAAAGCAGUUGCAUACAAAGAUAAUUUCUCAGGCUCAAUGAAGAAAACAAAGUUGACCUUCUGAGAAAUCAUGCAAAGAAUUAGCAGUGAGGGAGCAACACUUUAAUUUGGCCUGCUGUUGAAAGAGCUUCAACGAACUGAUUUUUCGAAACUGCGAAGAGCUUAUUCCACAGGUCGGUUAAAGAUAUAAAUCAUGCAUUGCGACAGUUAUCCCUCUCGGUCACGUCGACAAUUAACUACUUUCUUCCUCCUUCAAUUCUUUGCUUGAAAGUUACUUCAUCUCCACUGCCCUGUUUUGUCUAUAUUUAGCUCUGAAAAAUCUUCUGCUUCUAACCUACAUCGGUGCUCAACUCGGCAUUAUCGCUAUGGAUUCACACAUUGCAGGUAAGGCCAAAAGGUAGAUAUAGAUCAAAUAAUCUUCAUCAUAUGUUGACAAGGUAUGUGAAAACCAGAGUUUUAAGUAGAUCCAACCAGUUAUGUUUUAAACCAUACAUCUCUUUAUUUUUGCAAGGAUAUCUCUGUAGAUUCGGAUCCGAGCCAAUCAUACGCUUUUGAAAUCUGUGGAGAGAUCUUACAAGAAAACUACAAGAUCUAGCUUAUACCACUUUCAAUGCAACAUUGUGGUGUACUCUUCAUGGUAGAGACCGGUUCUGAACUUACUCGGGAGCUUGCUCAUCAGAUUGGGGAGGAAACUAUCAAGUUUUCCAAGUAUCUAGGAUUGGGGUGCCUUCUAUAGUGGGUGGUCAGUCGAUUGAAGAACUGUGUUUUAAGAUGAUAACACAAGGGUGUGAAUAUUGUGAUUUCCACUCCUGGUUGUUUGAUUGAUACGGUAUGAUGUGGUCAGUCCGUGCAACGAUCUGAUUCUUGAUGAGGCAGAUCAGAUAAUAGACAUGGGCUUAAUCCUCAAGUUGUUGGUGUGUUAGAUGUUAUGGCUUCAGGAAAUUUGAAACCCUAUAACAAAGAAGAGCUGGACGAAGUAAUUGAGACAAUAUUACAAACCCAAAAACUAAUAUUUUUAAAACCGGACCGGAUACCGACUCGGUAAGUUACUGGUUAAGUGGUCGGACCGGUUCAACCGGUCGAACCGGAUUUUCUAUUUAAAAAUAAAUAAAUCUAAAUAAUCAUAUAUUUAUACUAUAUAGACCUAAAAUGUAGUUCUACAUAUAAUAUGUCUAUGUUCUCUUUUAUUAAUUAGAUAAUAAACAAUAACCUUAAGUUUAGUUAUAUAUAUAAGUGAAUACUAUAUCAACUAAAAUUGAUUUAAAAAAAAUGAAUAACCGUUUAAAUUACAUAUUUAUUUAUUUGUUCAACUAAAAGUCUGAAAUUUUAUGAAUAUAGAAAAAUGAGAAUAAAAUAUGAGAAUCAAAAAGAGAUUUUUUUAAAAAAAAUUCUUAAAAAAGAAUCAAGAGAAAACUAAUUAAAUAGUAAAAAUUAAAAUUAAUUAUGAAAUAUUAUAUUUUAAUAAAAAUUGAAAAUACGUUAAUUAUAUGUUGAUUUCUAUUGAACCGGGUUUUGAAGUUGAACCGGGUCAUCGGUUUUACCGGUUUUUAGCCAGUUUCACCGGUUUUUUCUCAAAUCCGGGUUUUAAACCGACCGGACUCGGCUUAUUUAACGAAUAUAAAAACUCAUUUACUAUUAAAUCUAUAAUCAAAUUCAAUCAUAGUAAUUUACAACGACUAUAUAACUUGAAAAUUAAAUUAUAUUAAAUGAUUUAAAUUUCAAACUCUAUAUAGUAAUUCAUAUUUCCAAUAUUUAGACCUCCUUUAUUAUCCACAAAACCUUUCAAUUACUUUUGUCAAAAUAGUCGAAUUGUUUACUUAGAUUUACAAUGCCCGACAUAGCAACCAAGCGAUGAUACAAUCCAAUAAAGAAGAGACUUACACGGAGUUUUUUUCCCAGCUAAGCCAGGUACGAACUUUUUUAUAUAAAUAACACUACUAUUGUAUUUACCUAAAUUUAUGCUAACUAACUUAUUCUUAACCAAUUUCAGAUCAUUUCUUUUUUAUGAACCUCAACACAACUUCUGAUCUGCAAAAGACUUAAUCUGUUUCUUACAUUAUUUAUCUUACUUAGCUACUCUUUUAGCUUUUAAACAAUUGCGUAACCUCGAUAUUCACUAAUUUUCAGACAUUUUGUAAAAUACAAUGCUUCCAUUUCAAACAAAAACUUUGAAACUUAUAAUUAAACAUCGACCAAUAGGAACAUUUCCUUUCGGGUCUGUGUUUCUGUUUUAUUUGGAUGGGUUUGUUCGGUUUUUGGUCUGGGUUAAUGGGCUUCGCCAGGUUUGUGUUAUGGCCUGUUCUUCAGCUUAAACCUAGGUCUACGGAGGCGCGUUCUGGAGUCUCUCCUUCUCUUCACCAUUUCUCUUCGUCUUCUCCUCUGUGUUUUCAUCAUCCGAUUCCUCGCGAUCGGUUUCUCUCAAUCAAUUUCGCCUUCAAUUCUUCUUUAUGGUUUCUUUUCAUCUUCCCCCUUUCCUCCUCCUUUAUAUAUUGUUUCUUCACCCGUCUACAAAUCAAAACCCUAGAAACUCUAUCAAUGGCGAUGAAACCACAUGGGAAGUCGAUUAUGUCAUCCGAUUCCGACGAAAAAAGCGUAUUCUUCAAAGAUCUCUCGCUGGGUCCCAACGAAGCUCAGUUGAAGUUUCGGCUCAUCCAUUUCUGGGAGGCUUGGAAUCCGGUAAAGAAGACGCUUAUUGGCAUGGAGAUGCUACUCAUCGACGAACAGGGAACUGUUAUUCAAGGAUUUAUUUCCCCAGGGCGUAUUGAAAAAUAUCUGCCUGAUAUGAAGCGAGGCUCUGUUUACAAACUCAACAACUUCUACGGAUCCAGAAACAAAUCGGUGUUUCGGGUUGCUGAUCAUACCGUUACAGUGUCGUUCUCAUGGAACUCGGAGUUGAAGGUUCUUCUAAACUGUCCCACUCAUUUUGAUGCGGACAGUUUCCGGUUCCAUUCAUAUGAAGAGUUUCAAGCGAACUGCGACCUCAAAGGAGACCUCUACGAUGUUGUUGGCCACAUGAAGUUGGUUAACGGUCAGAGUAUCGUUGAGGCACCGGUUCUUGAUGAAGUGGAGAUAGCAAAAGCAAGGCGUGUUCUUAUUCAUGUCCAAUCACAUGAUGGACCGGUCAUGAAGCUAUACCUUUGGGAUCAGGCUGCAAGAGACUUCUGCAAAAAGUUCAAUUCGUACGAGGGCACACCCACUGUGUUACUGGUCACGACCGUCAACACGAAGACUCUCGGAGGUACUCUGGCCUUGACCUCAAUGUCAUCUUCGCGUGUGUUUAUGGACUAUGAAGUCCAACCUACAAUAGACUACUUCAGUUGGUUGGGCUCUAAUCCCGCAAUUGCUGAGCAGGUUAAUGCAGAGGUAGUCACCAAACGUGAGACAAUGACUAUAGGGGAAAUAUUCUCCUACAUCGAGCAAGAAUCCGCAAAGGAUGCCUUCUUUGAGUGCACGGCUACGAUCGAUGACGUCGUGCAUGGUUGUUCUUGGUAUUACAUUGCUUGCAGUGGGUGCCAUUCUAAGGUUAUCAACGGUCCAACUUCGUUGAUCUGUACAAGCAAGAAGUGUGGAAAGGUUAAUGCAUCUGGUGUUCCACAGUACCUGUCAAAGAUAUCCGUUUAUGACAACAGUGAUCAAGCUGUCUUUGUGCUUCUUGGUGAUGCUGGUCGUGAGCUGACUGGGAAGCCAGCAUCAGAGUUAGUCAGAAGCUAUUUUGAGGCUAAUGGCAACGAAGGAGUUAACCUUGAGGCGCCAGUUCCGGAAGCUCUAAUCAGCACCAUAGGUCAGAAGCACAAGUUUUGUGUCAAAGUCACAGAGCAUAACUUUUCAGGUAAGACCCGAUCUCUUACCGUGACCAAGAUCCUCCCACUAGACCCUCAGCCAACCACAGUGUCUUCGGAAGAUAACCAUACUGCUGCCACGUCUGAGGAAACAUCUGAAAACCGUGUGGAUUCAGCAGAUGGGAGUAAGAGAACCUGUGAUAGUUCUGAGCUGGAGAGAGUUAAACGCCCUAAAUGUGGGAACUAGGGUUCUCGCGACAGUUCUCAGAGAUUGCAGCAUCUAUUCAGUUUACGUGUUUGUCUCUUUACAAUUGCAUGCAUGGUUUUUUCAUUAUGUCUUUGGAUUAUGAGAGUUUUUUCCUAGACAAUGGUUUCUCUCAUUUUGAUUUUUCAGCGUUUUUAAUUUUUCAAUGAUUAGAUUGCAUGCAUGAUAUUUGUCAAAUAUCAUAGUGUUUAAAUAAUCUGGAUCAACAUGUUAUUUUUUCUUAACCUAAUUUGAUUGACUUAAAUCCAAA